AUGAAGGAUUGCCUGCCCAUAGGGGCCCUGUCCGAUGCUCAGAUGACUCCAUGGAGAAAGCCUGGGUCUUGUUCCUUUAGGCAGUCAGCCAGUCAGCCCAGCUGUGAUUGGCUGCUCUUAGAGCCCAAGUCCCCCGGGGAAGGGGACUCCGGCCCAGACUCGCCUCUGCCCUGCAGGUGGUCAGCCAGUAGCCGGUCCCUCGGCAGCCCCAAUCCUGGCAGCGGCCCUCCCCGCAUCUCCCCCCGCGUCUCCCCGCGCCCGCCCCCGUUGGAAACCGCAGCGGCGGCCCGGGCACAGCGAGCAGGGCAACCCACGUGCCGCCGGCUCCUUCCCUCCCCGCUAACUUUGCCCAGUCCUGGCCGGCGCAGAGCCCGCCCGGCCGCGUCGCUGGAGGAGGAGUCGGGCCGGGCACCGGCUGGGCCCCCGCGCCCCCCGCAUCCCCAGCCCGGGCCCGGGAGGAUGCUCGGAGCUGGGUACCGCAUCCGCGCCGCGGCGAGAUGGCUGGGCACCGGACUGCUGGAGAGGAACGGGGAGGGGGCACUGCCCAGAGCGGCGACCAACUUUACUCCAGUUCACUCGACAGCCGGGAGGAUGCUUGCAGCUGGGUACCGCAUCCGCGCCGCGGCGAGAUGGCUGGGCACCGGACUGCUGGGCGUCCUCCUGGUUCCCGUGGUUCUGGCGCUGGAGGUCUCGGUAGGGAAGACCCCCAUCAUCACGGCCCUGAACGGCACUGACAUCCUCCUGCCCUGCACGUUCUCCACCUGCAUUGGCUUCGAGAACCUCUACUUCUGGUGGAAGUACAAUAGCACGGACGACUACCAGGACUUGCUGGAGGGGACGGUCAAAAAUGAGAAGUCGGAGCCCAGAGUGAAGAAGGAAAUGCACAGCCGCAUCGUGCUGGUCGGCUCCACGCGGGACAAGAAGAACAACAUCUCCAUCGUGCUGCAGGAGGUGGAGUUUGCCGACGCUGGCAAAUACACCUGCCGGGUCAGGAACCCCAAGGAGAAAAACGCCCAGCACCAGGCCACCAUCACACUCAACGUGGUGAAACAAUUGGAAGUGGUGGACAACACUGUAACCCUGAUCAUCGUGGCGGUCGUCGGGGGGUGUAUCGGUCUGCUGAUUGUUGUCAUGCUGACCAAGAACGUCAUCCUAUUCAUCAUCAAGAAGACGCAGGAGAAGAAGAAGGAAUGCCUGGUGAAUUCCUCAGGGAACGACAACACAGAGAACGGACAGGCCGGCUCCAAAGCGGAACAGAAAGUCACGCCCAAGGCCUGAGCUCUGACCCCGGGCCCCGGGCCCCGGCAGACCGGCGACUCCUGAUCUCAGAGAGUCGCUCUUCAUGUUAAACUUUUUCGACGCUCGA